CACGUGCACUCACCACUCACCCAAAUCUUCUCCUCUUCCCCAAUCCUCAAACUCUUCCAUAUCUUGCUCCAAGUUCCUUUCUUUUUCAGUUUUCAUUUUAACCAAAACAGUCGAAUCGCUCUCCCCCCAAUCCUGGUCGAGCAAUUGGUACCAAUUUUUGGCGCCUCAGUUUCUCUGAGAAUGGUGUUCUGUAACAAUUGCAGCAAAAGCGUCCCCGGAACAGAAGAUAGUGGCAGAAUAUGGUGUGAUAUGUGCGGCAAGGUCUUAGUGUAUGACAUUUACUCUGAAGAGCCCACUUUUUUCAAAGAUGCCGCCGGCCAGAGCAAACUGUCUGGGAAUUUCGUGCGGGGUUUCCAGAGUGAGGUCUCGGCUUCUCGCGAGAGGCUGAUCGAUAAUGCCAGAUAUGAAUUGAGAUGCCUAAGAAAUGGUUUAGAGAUGGGGGAGAAUGAAGAAAUUACUGACAUAGCUCUGCGUUUCUACACGAUGGCGCUUGAGAGGAAUUUCACAAGGGGGCGUAACACAGAGCAAGUACUGGCUGCAUGUUUAUACAUUGCAUGUCGGACAAAGAGGAAGCCAUAUCUUCUUAUUGAGUUCUCAAACUUCUUGAAGAUAGAUGUUUACACACUAGGUGCGGUAUAUAUGCAACUGUCCAAAGUUCUUUAUCUUGAUGAGUUUCCAUUUGCGAGCCUACCUGUUGAUCCUUCCAUAUUUAUCGCUAAAUUUUCAGAGAGUUUACCAGGAGGAAGGAAUAAAGGAGUUACUAAGACUGCAGUGCGGAUUAUCAAUAGCAUGAAACGGAAUUGGAUGCAGGUCAGGAUCGCACAUGUUUGCGAUGCAACAUUGACCAAGCGGCUGAUUGAAUUUGUGAAUACAGAUUCUGGGAGCUUGACGAUUGAAGAGUUCCAUCUGAAGGAAAGUGAGAUGGAAGAAUUAUGUGAAGAACCAAAUACGGCAGUUAAAAUUGAUAGUGGAGAUGACAUUCUUUGUGUACACAAGGAUAGUGGAAUACCUUUUGCUCAUGGACUUUGUAAAUUAUGUUAUGACGAUCUCAUGAAAAUUUCAGGUGGACUUCGUGGAGGAUCUGAUCCUCCCUCUUUCCAGCGUGCUGAGAUAGAGAGAAGGAAAAAAGCAUCUGCUCAGGAGAAUCCUAGUGAAUCUGAUGUUGAUAUGUUACCUUGCCAAAGCGUAGACAACAAUCAACAGUCAAACUUUGGAAGAGAAGUGAAUAGCUCAAGAGAUGGUGGAAAUGGGAUGUUACACUCUAUGGAGAAUGUUGGGGCUCCUACAGAGAAUGAAGCAGUUCAUGCGGGCAAUGAAUCUUGUGAUGAGUCUGACAACCUAUCGGAUAUUGAUGAUGUAGAGGUUGAUGAGUACCUCCUUGAUGAAGAGGGGAAACAUAACAAAAAGAUAAUUUGGGAAGCACUGAACCGUGAAUACAUUGAGGAGCAAGCAGCUAAGGCUGCUAUGGGAACCGAAUGUCCAGAAUCUCAAGCUGCUGCAGCACAAAAAAGAAAGGGGCAAAUAUUUUUAUUUAUAAAUUUCCUAGGAAAGGCAACUAGCUCGAGCAGCAGAAGGGAGAAAUGCUACUCCAGCUCAAACUGCUGCAGAAGCUGCUUACAGGACGCUAAGUAAGAAGGUAAUG